GCAGCAGCAAGCCAAUAGGAUGAAUCUGACGUGUUUGUCAUGAGAUAGUGACUCAUGUAGUAGAUCUUCAAUUCCGCCUUUGUACCAGUUUUACUUUCAUACAUAACUCGCGACUAGACAGAACUUCAUCGGAAUCCUUCUAACUUGUUGAAACUCGCGGAACAAUGACUACCACCAAGACAAGCCAGGAUGGCUCUCACCCUGACAGCUCAGUGGUUGCUUCUGCCUCAAAGAGCCCCCCAACACAGAUGCAUAUCAACAAAGGUUCCACCCUAACCCCCUCUGAUGGCUCAGGGGACUCAGCAGGGUGGUCAGCCACUGUGAAGACCCCAGGCUCAGGGACCACCAGAGCCACAGCCAGUCAGACCAGGGGAGCAGGAGCAAAGACCACAGAUACACGUUACGCCAAAAAGAACAUCCCUACUGUCAGAUAUCAUCCUGACAUUUCAGAGAAGAAACCUGAGGCCCAUCAGCAUAGUCAUAGCCCUGUCAAGUGCAGCCAGGUCAGGGGUAAGCCUGUGGUCUCUCCCCCCAGGACCAACCAGGUUGGGGGGAGCUCCAUGGUCUCUCCCCCCAGGCCCGAAGCCCUGCCCCUGGGGUUAGGGCAGAAGAUGGAGGGUGGUGUUGUGGAGGCGGUGGAGCUCCAGACCCGGGGCCAGAGAGAGAACCCCAGCUGGUUCUCCUGGCGUAAAAACCGCAUCACAGCGUCCGUGGCUCACCGCCUCGCCCACAGCCGCUUCGUCACCGGCCAGAGCCAGACCCCACCCGCUUCCUAUCUGGCCGCCAUCACCGGCUGCGGCCCCAACAUCAAAACCCGCGCCAUGACCUGGGGCAUCGAGCAGGAGGCCGAGGCCGUGCGGAGAUAUCAGAGCCUCAAGAGCAAGGCCCUGGGCCGGGUGGUGAGGGUGCAGGAGUGUGGCCUGUUCAUCGACCCCCAGCACCCCUGGCUAGCAGGCAGCCCUGACGGCAUCGUAGAGGACAAGAGGACCGGCCAACGGCUGCUCUGCCUGGAGGUCAAGUGUCCCUACAAGCACCGUCAGAACACUGUAGCCCAGGCCUGUAGAGAGGACCCAGCCUUCUGCCUGACGAUACAGGACCAGGGGGAGGAGGUGGGACAGGUGAGGUACCAUCUGAAACCGAAACACAGCUACUACACCCAGAUCCAGUGCCAGCUGGCGGUGACGGGGUUAACCCAGGCUGACCUAGUGGUGUUCACCCUGAAGGAAACAGCCAUCAUCCCUGUGACCUUUGACCCUGCGUUCUGGGACGACACCCUGGCCAAGCUGGAGAUGUUCUACACCGACGCUGUCCUGCCCUACGUCAGAGACAACAGACUGGACAUACCAGCCAUGAGGCCGGAGAAGUAGCUAGCAUGCCUGGACACUGUUAACAAACAGGGGAGUGGCUAGCUGGUUCAGGAUGUCAGAUAUAGAAGUCCCGAGACAAACUGUGGUUGUGUCUGUGGUGAAGGUCUGGGUAGGGUAGGGUAAGUGGUAAAGGGCUAUGGCGACUGCAUAGAUAAGUGGUAGAGGAACCUUCUGCUUUUGACAGGCAGGCUUGGAGAUUUGAACCUAUUACUUUACUGUCAAAUAUUUGAAUGUAAAUAAACCAUGCCUGCCUUAAGACAUCUCAGAUACCUGGAGCUGAUUUCAUGUGUGCAGAGAUCAACCUAUAUGAUCAACAGUAGUGUGGCAGCUGACAGGAACAUAGUGUAGUUGUGCUAGAGAUCGGUUGCUUAAAUAGACACUGGAAGAAUACAUGCUUAAUGAUGGUGAUGCUUUGCUCCAUUAAAACAAGACAAAACCACAUUAUUUGGUCUGGUGACUGAUGUUGUGUACAAGGUACUUGUGAAAAUAAUGUAAUUAUGUAAACAGUACAGAACAACGAUGAGACUAAGGAGUUAGUCCUUGACCUUUAUUACUGCAUGUGUCACAUAAUAAACAACUCCUAAAAAAAGCAAA